UCCUAAAUAACGCAGUGCAGCAGGCAAAGUGAGCGCGCGCUCCGGAUCUUUUCCUUCCUUUCUUUUUUUUUUAUUCUCGCGACUUUACGCAAAUUUUCGGCAACGCAAAAAAGAGUAAUACAAUUCAAAAAUUCACAGUAAAAGUUUGGCGGAUUCGAGACGCAGAUCUUCAGGAUCUUAUGGGAAAGAGCUCCACGCAGCGCGCGCUCACGGCCGGGGGACUCGCGAAAGCGCGCUCGCGCCUGCUGUCCACGCGUUUCUUUCAUGUAUUGGAAAAAUGAGAUUCUGUCCCCUCUGUCCGAGGGAAAUCGAGCUCUGUCCGAGGGAAUCCACUCCCAACAGUCCCACUCCGACGGCGAAUCCCAGAGGUCGGUGAUGGAGAAAGAGGAGCCACGCUGCUCUCCCAGUCCUCCGUCCACGCCGUCGAUCUGCUCGCCCACAUCCAGCGCCUCCGCCUCCUCCGUCCCUUCCACCGGCAAGAACGUGUGCGCGAGCUGCGGCCUCGAGAUCCUCGACAGGUACCUGCUCAAGGUGAGAAGGAAAAGUCAUGGCGUCUACAGCUCGCUACAGACCCCCCCGUGCACGAGCUUGAGCUUCUUCUUCUUCUAG